CGAAAAACACCUCACUUCUCUCCACCUCACUUUUAAAUCCUAUCCAAGCUCGACAAAGAACCGACAGAGAAUGUAGAUUCUGUAUACAUUCGCUCACUAUAUUACAGGCCAAAUAUUCUUCUAUCACCAUGGCGUCCGAUUUCGUUGGCUGCGCCGUUCUCGUUACCCUGAAGUCACCUCCACACGCGCAGAUCCGAGGCACCGUUUCUAACAUUUUAGGUCAACGUUUGACCUUGCAAAAUGUAACUCUUUUGUGGAACGGCCAAAAAUUUCCAUCGUACAACAUUGACGCCCCGGGAAUUGCAGACCUCGAGGUGUCUAGCUCACAGAACGACCUUCCGCAACACCAGCCGCCAUCACAUCAAAUCAACAGAGCACCUCUCCUAAGGAAGAGUGAACCACAGCCUGAACCAGUGCCGACUCCUCAACCCGUUCCAACACAGCAGCCUUUUCUUGACCCUGCAAUAGUGAGCUUCUCGAAAGGAGCAGCUAAACCCAUCUCCUUGGAGAAGUCAUUGGCAGCUAUAAACACCAAUUUUGGAUCUGUUGCAGGGUCUACAGCAAGCGUUUACUCGGCAGAGACUGCCCAUCCUUCACGGACUGCUGAGAGACAUGAUUCUGCCGUAACCGCGGUUCUGAAUGAACCAUUCAGCAGUAUUAGUAUGGGGGCUGCCGAAAUAGCAGAUACUACGGCUGCACGAGUGAAUACAAUAACACCAGUUCUUGCACAAGGGAAUGCCCAUGAGAAACCAGUUAAAAAGAAGAACAAGCAAAGAGGCCGGAACAAGGGCCGGGAUGAAAACGUUGACAAUGAAUAUCACAACAAUUUGAGAGGUAAUGGUUGGCGACAAACCGCAUUUGUUGAGCCAGUUCGGCCAAAAUUUCACACGGGCUAUCCUACUGAGGAUCACGCAAGUGAAGGCUACCCUACACGCCGGAAAAACAAAAACCGUAAAUCUGUCGUCGAAGACCCGAGUGGGUGGGCCACAGAAGACGCUACGGAUAUUCAAGAGCUUGGCGAUUUCGACUUUGAAGGAAACUUAUCUAAAUUUGACAAGCGUCGUAUUUUCGAUGAAAUCCGCAAUGAUGACACUACCCUGGAGGAGGAACGUCUGGUUAGCUUUAAUAAAAAGCCACGUCCGGGGACAAAUGGAGGUAAAAACUUGCAUUGGUCGGAGAAUGUCCUGGAAAGUACCCCGAAUCAAUGGAAUAGUGAAGCUGGUGAGACGGAAACGGAAGCCAGCGAGGAUAAAUUUAGUAGUGGAAACUAUUCCGGGCGUGAUAGAUCGAAGCCGUCCGGCAAAACAGUGGUUUCGAAAAAGGGCAACUCGGGUAUAGGACAAUCCGCGUUGCCAACUCCUCUCGUAUCUGUCAGUAGAACUGCACCUUCGUCUUCUCGCAACGCGAGUCCACUGCCUGGUAUGGCUUCACCGCUCAACGGGGUCGUUGGCACUUCACCUGGCAGUCUACGCUUGACCACGACAAAUAGGAGUUGCCCAACUAUUAGUCCUCUACAAAUGCUAGAGGUGGAGCAGCUAGCAGUGACCGAGCUUGGUUUAACUGAAGACAUGAUAACGGAAAAUGCCGGACGUGGUAUUGCAGAAGCUGCGGUAGGCAGACUUGGCAGCGACGUCGCCGCACCUGCUGUGCUCGUACUUACGGGCAACCAUCGAACUGGAGGAAGAGUGAUUGCGGCUGCUCGUCAUCUGAAGAAUCGAGGGCAUAGGGUCACACUUUGUGUUUUGGGCCUAGAGCACGAAACCGAACUCCUUGAAAACUGCCGGAAGCAGCUUGAAAUCUACAAAAAGAUCGGAGGCCGAGUCUUGAGAUGGGAAGAACUAUCAGCACGUCUUUCAACACCCGACUUUGGCAUAGACCUGGUCGUAGAUGCCAUGUUUGGCAUGCAUAUUGCUUUUGAGGAUUUGAGGAGCGACGAUCAAGCUACAGCUUGUGAAAUGAUCGCGUGGGUGAACCGAAGCAAUGUGGUGGUCAUAUCCGUUGAUAUUCCUACUGGGAUAUCUGCUUCUACUGGUGAUGUAAGCAUCGUUCAGGACUCACGGCUCUGCAUCAACUCUCAUGUUGUUGUUUGUCUGGCUGCACCAAAGACCGGGAUUAUGCAAGCGCUUCAAUCUGGGGAAGGCAGUUCAUGGCAGCUUACAGUGGCCGAUAUUGGUAUUAGCCAGGUUGUCUGGAGGAAAUAUGGCACGCGCCGUCGACACGGCGUGGAGUUCGGAAAUCGUUGGGUUGUUCCACUACGAUACCACCUUUCAACUGCCUGAAUAAGACUGGAUCGUAGCAGAUGGUUUUCUUUCUGCACAAUGAAUGUAUUUUUAACACGUAAAAGGAGUAACGAAGACCUCCAAUGUAUAUGUAACGACCAAUACUUUGCAAAUAGACUAGAAGUUUUCCAAUUCUUUCGACAUUUGCUGUUAAUCACCAACAUUUUGUUUAUAAAAUACAUCACUGGAUAUCUUUCAAUA